UCUAGCGGCCACCUCUCCCAACGCCGGGCCCGAGGGGACGCGGUGACAGUGGCCCCCCGGGGGGCAGGACAGCCGGGGCGGGGGGCAGCCCCCCUGCCCUCGCUCGGAGCUCACGGCCAGAGUUAAUUUCCAGUGGUUUAGGGGCUGGGGUCGCUGCUCCCGAAGCGCCCCGGGGGCUGGAUGUGCUGUUGCUCCCCGGUAGGAGCAGCGCAGGAGCUCUGAGCGCAGCUGGGUGGAAACGCCGCUGCAGAGAAACGUUUUACCCAGGGAGAGUAAAGGCUCGGUUUCCACCUGGAAAUUGCCCAAUUUGACUCGCGAACCUUGAGAAGCAGCCCACCGCGUCCCAAUUCUCGGAGCAAUUUAGUCUCUGCUGGAGCCGGGAGCCCGCUGCCGAGGCCCUGGCUCUGUACCCGUUAGGAGAUCAGAUGAGUGCUGUUGUGCUCACCCCUUUCCAGCUCCAUCAAACCGGCUGCGUUGAAGUUGUGAAUCUGCUGCUUCCCAUCACGAACACGCUCAGCUGUCCUCCCUCUAACCCGUGCCUGUUGGCUCCGUGUCGCUUCUCCCCCACCGCUGCCCCCACCGUGCCCCUUUGCUCCUCUGGGUGCCACAGCUGCCACCACGCGUCCUCAUUCCUCAUUCCUCCUCCGCCAGCCGGAGCACGGCUGCUUUCUGCAGUGAUGCCUGCUGGCCUGAUAAAAGGGUUUUCUUCCCACCUCGAGCCGCACCUGACCCUGCGGGCUCACAGCUGUGAUGGGAAGGGUGCUGGCCGCAUCUCCUCCAAGAUCCUGCUCCAUCAGGAGUGGGUCCACUGCUGUCCUGGGGCUAUGGCAGCUGCACCUGUCCGUGAUGCUGCUUCCCAGCAGUUCGCGCUGUCCCCUGCCCUCAGACCCAUCAGGGACACGGCAGCACAGCGGGCAUCACUCCCUGAGCACACCAGCCUGCGGGGUGCUGGUCCCAAGGGAAAGCCUCUGGCCAGGCAGGGCUGACCUUCUCGCUCGGGAGCCUGGGGACGUGCAAAGAAAUCACAACCUUCUAAUGAGCCCGAAAAGCCAGGCAGAGUGUUUGCUUGACAGGGCAAUUAGACGAUGAUUGACUCCUGGAACAGCUACUUAAUUCGUCAUUAACUGGGCUUAUCGCGGCCAGCAUCUGUGCUGAGGGUCCCAGGGCUGUGCCAGCCAUGGGGCCGGGGAGCGGAGCCGGGCUGCACGACGUGCAGAGCUGGAUUUGGUACCUUGUUAUUGUCAGCCCUUAUUUUGGCUCUCUGCAUCCAGCACUGGGCUGGAGAAUGCUGCAGCUGCCCAGGGGAGCCUGGGGGAGCCCAGGGGGACAAAGCAGUUUGCAGGGAGCCAGCAUUUGCUCCUGUCCUCUGCAGGGCUCAGCCUGCCCCCAGUGACAGUCAGUCGGCUGAGGCACGGGGGCUCUGCCCCCCAGGGGUGUCCCCACGGCCCAGGAGGUGUGUGCACGCUUGUGUUUGGGCAUCUUCCCCUGCCCCAAAGGUAUCUCGCUGCUGCUGCCUGCUGCCAGUACCGUGGGGCGAAUGGCUGUGCGUGCUGUCCUGUCACGCUUGUCAUGAGGCUGGAGAACGUCUGCUCCUCACCACUCUGGGCUUUUACAGCUUCCUUGCUUUCAUCUGCCUGCUCCGUUCCUCUUCCCCCAAGCCUGGUUAUUACCAGGCUUACUUUAUUCAGUCCCAGUGUGGCUGAAUUCUCUGUGGGAUCCAGAUAAAACGAAUGGGGUUUGGGGAGGACCGCAGGGCUGCAUUGGUUCUUUCCAUCCCUGCACGUGCGCAGGCAGGGCUGUUCUUCACUCUCCCUGCUAUUCCCCCCAAGUAUUAACUCUGAUGUUUUUAUGGCCCAGUGCACAGCACAGUCCUGCCCUGCAGACGCGUGCUGUUGCGGUCAGCCCAAUGCCAGGACUGGGUGCUACAGCUGCACUCUGUGGUCUCAUUGCAUCUGUAUGAGAAUGGCAGUGAGAUCUUCAUUCUUCAUUUCCUCCGGGUCCCGGCAGCCCCGUUAUCGCCCCAUGCUUCCCCCAGGGAGAGGAGCUGCUGGCCACGGCUCCCCAUGUGGCCACAAGGACCCCUUCUGCAGCCCCCUGCUGGAGGUGGCAGCCCCACCUCAUCCAGGUCGUGCACUUGUCUUCCCCAAAACCUCUCAACAGCCUCUUGCCUCCUCUUCACAGCAGCACCCCAAACUCCCAGACAGGAAGGCAACAAGGAAAAGAGAGUUUAGUGCAGGUCAAUCUUUUCUAACCCCAGAGGGUACAUGAACCACGGACUCCUAGAUGUGACCUGAGUCAGUCAGCCCAUCUCCCAUCAGCUGGCCCCUUCAGCAUCCUUCAGGAUGCCCCGUGUGAGCAGUCACCUCCAGCAGUAGCCCAGCUGUGUAGUGGGCUCUUCCCACCCUGGUCUAUGAUUUUUCAUGGCUUUUUUUUCCCUGAGAUUUGCUGCUGGUGGCUCUGCUGUGCCCCUUUCACCACCCCCAUCUACACCUGUGCUUCAGAGCACGCACCCUGAGCACUCCCUGCCUUCUCCCACACCACUUUUUGGGUUCCUAAUGCCUCACGGCCCCUUUCCCUUCUUUCCUCAGCCCAUGUUCUGAGUGCUUCCCAGGCAGCAGCUUUGCUACACACCUCUCUCCCUCAUCGAAAUCGGUGCCAACGACCUGGUGCAUGACAAGCAGCAGCCUCCACGCCUGCAGCAUCCUCUUGCCGGCAGCCUGCCCACAGCCCGGCUGCGGCUGCUUCCCAGCACAUUUGGGCUCAGAUCCCAGCAGGUUCCCAUCCCUCCCCACCGUGGUUCAGUGCCAGAAACACUUCUGGAGACGGGGUGUUGAUGCCUCACCACAACCGUCAGCUUUCUCUUGCUGGACCUUGGUGUCCUGCUUCAUGGUGUCCCGCUCUGGGUUGGGCUGCUACAUUGAAGUGAUGCUCAGGGUCUGGUCCGCCCUUAUCGUUUCAUUAAAAAAGAAAUGUAUUUUAUUGGAAAUCUAAUCUGCAUGUUGAGGUAAGCAAAGAAGAUGUUCGUGCUUUCCUCACCUGGAAGCAGGGAGGAGGCAUUGUGCUCCGAGCAUGCUUCUUUGGCUCUGUGCAGGAAAUGAAAUGAUCUGUGGUACCAAUAGGCAUUGCCUUUAAACAUUGUGAAAAUACUUCGCAGCCAUCUGCCACAGGAGCCACUGAGUGCUUUAUUAGUAAGGUGGGAGGGUGAAGAAAGCAGACAAUGAUUUGGGGGAGGGAGGUGUGGAGGGCACUCGCCAAAAUGCGCAGUGCUUUAGCGAUGCAGGAGUGCUUUUGAAUGGCUUCAUUUUCCUGAACAGCUUUCCAAAAUGUGACAACCGCUGCCAAAACAAAACCCAUCAACGAGGACAUUUACAACAGGCUACAGCACUAAAACCUGUGCACUAUGGCAGAAUUUGGCCAAAAGGAACAGGACCACUUGGGCGGCAAUUGGGCUUUUCACUCCCUGGAGCGUUCGACUCCAACUCCUUCAUUUCUAUUUUCUUCCCGAGGGUUGGUCUGAAGCCAAGGUGAUGCACCUCCCGUCAGAAAGGCUGGUGCACCACUGGGAGCCCUGUAGCAGGUGGCAGCAUGCCUCUGCCACGCAGCAUCCUGCAGAGGAAGCAGCUGCAGAGGUCUCAGGAGAGGAGAAGCAACCUUUGGGGUUACGAGGCAAGAGGGUGGCACGCUCCGGGAGCUGGGAACGUGCUGGAGAGCGGCUGUAAAACACAGCGCUUGGGUACCGAGGAGCACAGAGCGAUUGUUUCUCUCUCCUGGGGGAUUCGGAUAUCUCACUACGCAUUUUCUUUGUGCCAAGGUGGGUUGGAGAGCCAAAAUAGCAAACGCUCCUCAGAAGAAACUGGGUUGAAACAUUUCAUCUCAGAAAUUUUCAUGCCAAAAAGAAAAAAAAAAAAGAAAGCAGCACGGUGUUUCAGCACUCUGAAAUGGAGGAAUGGAACAGGGAGAGGAAUUUUCCUGAGGCAGAAAUUGGUGUUGACAUCUGUAGCUGAGGGAUCCUGGCUUUCCUUGACUGCUGCCUCCUCAUGCUCCAGCCCUAGCACAGCUGUGAUACAGCCCUAGAAAUCAGCCCGUGUCCAUGAAAGCCGUUAGCUGAGCACGUAAUGCCCACAGGGCUGUAAUUCCCCAUGCCAGCCUCCACUUUGGGAAUUCAGGAGGGCCCCUCAUGUGGAUGUCAGCCUCUUAGCUACUUCUGUGCUGUUACGCUUCGCAGCAGCACAAAUUAGGAACCAGCACAAAAGAUGCAGAAGGUCCUUUCCUGUCAGGCUGCGCGUGGCCAUCUCAAGAUGCAUUAUAGAUACAGCAAAUCCUCAUCUUAAUCCAGCCUGAAUCAGAGCUUCUUGUCACACGGCUGCAUCCUUAUCGUGCUGGGGAGGGACGAGGAGAUGCUCAGUUUGCCGAGAUAGCAUUCAAGCUGGGGAAAAGGGGGGGAGGGCUCUUGUUUUCCCUAGCAUUGCCAAAUCUUUCUGUUCCCGCUAGCCUCGCCGUGACAUCGGCUCCACAUGGGCGACAGGCGUUUCGGCUGCCGUGCCUCGCUGAAGUACCAGUUCUUCCCUCCCACUCUCUCUGCUCCCGCAGGAUCGCUCUCCCCCUCCGCCGGCAGCAUGGAGAGCGUGCGUGAGCUCCAGGACCCGCUCCUGGCCAAGGCCCACGGGCACCUCCGUGGCACCUACUCCUACCACCAGCAUCACAGCCAGGACUACCCCAGCCACCGCUGCCAAGGGAAACUGUACUCCUACAUCUUCCAGAACACGGGCGGUGCCAGGACUCACCAGCUGCUGGACGCCAGUUCCCUGCAGCUGGCUGUCGAAGCCUUGUACGGCCCCAACUUCAUCCUCGUGAAGGAUGAGACCGCUCUCAAGGCCAAGGACAGCAAGGGGGAAAGCUGUGAGACCACUUUCACGGAAAGCAAAGAGGCUCCGUCUGAAGGUCCUGACGGGCACGACGCGCAAGGGUCACGCCUGGUAGAAAGCGACAUCCGCAUCCAAACGGUGUCCUACGAGGUGGAGGAGGAGGAGCUGCAGGAGUACGAGAGCGACUCCUCCAGUGACAGCGAAAGCGAGGACCAUUUCCUAAUGCUUCCUCCACGGGACCACCUGGGCUUGGCCCUGUUCUCCAUGCUGUGCUGCUUCUGGCCCCUGGGGAUUGCUGCCUUCUACUUCUCCCAAGGGUAGUGUGAGGUCCUGCACCACAAUUUCAUCUGCACUGAGGUAGCCCAUGACCUGGAGACCAGGCACAAUGGGGACUCUGGUCUCCCCAUCCCCCUGCAGCUCCACCAUGCCCUUCUCUCUGUUCCUUGUUUUUUGAACCCUGUGAGCCAACACCAGACUGUGUGCAGCUGGAAAGCAGGAUCUCAUCCAAUUAAAACUCCUCCAGGAUUCCCAGAAGAUCCUGGGUUCAGGGUCUACACAGGGUGUCCAAUCCUCAUUGCCUUCCCUGGGGAGUAAUGCUGCCGAGGGCACCUUUGGGAAAGCAGCAGAACCUGGAGAGCAUGGUGACCCUUGGGCUGCAGCAGUGUGGAGGAGCUGCUGCUUUCUGCAGGGCUUUGCCCAGAGCCUGCUCACAGUCACGUUACUGUCAGCCCAGAAUAAUUCGUGUCGAGCCAGGAGAUUCACUCCGUGUUUGCACGGAUGCUGUCGUACCGAGAAUAGAAGGGGGACAGGUGUUAAGAAGUUAAAUCAAGAAGAUAGAAACAGAAAUGGAAAAGUAUAUAACAGGAGCACCUGGCACAGAGCCGGUGAGAGACAAGGGGAAGCUCCAACUGACUGGGACCUGAGAAGUGGCUGAUUUCACAUUUUUGCAUGUGGUGCAGGGUAGCACAGUGCAUUUGCCAUGUGAUGAUGUGCUUUGUGCAAUUCACACUUAGCUCCCUU